GGUAAAUAUGUUAUGAUGCCACGCUCCAAACGCACACCGAGCGUAUUGUCCGAUGCGCCGGGAGCGCACUUUUGCACCGGUUAGUCACUUUGCGAAAUGACCGCGCGCAGGAGGAGUGUCGCUGCAAACCAAGUCGGGAGGUGGGGGGGUCGCUCUUCAGGGAUUUGAACAGUGAUGGGCAGCUGUUGGACAUUGAUUUGGCGCAGCGGCUGACGGUGAAUUGAACAGUGCGGUAACGCGGGUUUGUUUUUUCUUUAACCAUGGACGGAGAAGCUGUCUUUUGUGGCUGUCAGAUGAGGAGAAGGAGGAGGAGCGGUUGACUUCUCCUCUCUGCUCAGUGCAAGUGUGAGAGAAUCGUGAUGCUGAUUUUUGGCCAAACGUGAGGCUCCCCCGCCGCUGCCGAGCAGGCUUCAAUGUUCGCUCAGUACAGGUGCAUGAGGAUUUGAGUGGACGUGAUCAGAGCCGUCACCAUGGCAUUCACCUUCAUAUGGCAUCCCACCUCCGUCUUUUCCGCCUGCAAACCGCUGACAAGGAUACGGGAAACGUGUCUGCACAUAUAACGGAUUGGAAUUGGCCAAUUGAUGCUGCUGCUUGCACUAUGAUCUCUGGGGAACUAUCCGAGUUGUGUAAUGGGUUUAUUCCAUUUGCAGCGCGUGCCCUGCAACCUCCGUGGAUGAUGGCUAAUUGGGCCCAAUGAUGUAGAGCCAAAUCCACCUGGAUCUACUGUUCCCUCCUCUCGUGGCUCCCCUGUGACUUUUUGCGCAUGUUCAAUUGUUUUUUUUAAUUCCCAGAGCUUUUCACUACUCUCGGCUAUUGCUUUUGGUGAUUUCGUUUUAUUUGUAAAGGCUUUUAAGGACAGUUUGCUUCUGAAAGUGGCGAUUAAACUGACAGAUAACUUUACAUUUUACAGUCAAAGCCCUCUGGCUGUCUGAAGCGUGAUCAGCUAUGGAAAGUUCAGCUAAUAAAAGACAUUUAAUGCGCCUCAUCCUUGGGACGAAAUAGUUCCCUUCCCUCUUUUAAGUGGAACAAACUUCUUUUUCCCUCCCCUGUCUCGUGUAGGCUAUUUGUUUAGAUAACAUUCUGUCACUGCAUCCACUUUUCCACUAUGUCCAGAUCAAACAGUGUCAGCCCACCCGGAGUCGGUGCGCCCGGGUUAAGGGGAGGGACCGAGCACAGAUCAGCUUGGGGAGAGUCUCAGUCUGUGGCCAACGGGUGCCCAUACUCAGCAAGAUCUCCGCGCAGGAAGCUCACCCGGACCAACAGCCGGUGGACGGAGGAGGAUGAUCUGGACCACCGGCCGCCCGGGCGAGCCUCCACGACCGUCAGCAGGGUCAGCUUCAGGUCCAGGUCGGCUUGGCAGGACCAUGGAGAGGAGAGCCGAGACAACAACCGCGCGUCCUCUAAACGUCCAGACGGCGAGGUGAGACCCAAGUCCGUGGAGCUGGGUCUGGAAGAGCGGAGAGCCAAGCCGAGGAGCGACGAGGAAGAGGUCAUGCCCGAAGUAAACUUUUCCUUCGUGGCGUGCUGCACCAGCGUCAUGCACAUUUUCAAAUCCAAAAAAUUCCAGUCGGAGAAGUUGGAGCGGCUCUACCAGCGCUACUUUUUCCGUCUCAACCAGAGCAGCUUGACUAUGCUCAUGGGCGUACUCGUGCUGGUGUACACGGUCAUGUUGGGCUUUCACUGCUCCGGUGGGAGAUCGGGACCGAGCGUAACGUACGUGGUGGUAUUUUCUGUGGCCAUCUUCCUCACGCUCGUGCUCAUGGUAAUCUGCAACAGGAACGGAUUUCACCAGGACCACAUGUGGGUCGUGUGCUACGUGGUCAUCCUGAUGGUGUUGGUGAUCCAGGUGAUCGGAGUACUGCUCGUGCAGCCCAGAAGUGCCUCGGAGGGGAUCUGGUGGACCGUGUUCUUCAUCCAUGUCAUCUACACUCUGCUUCCCGUCAGGAUGCGCGCUGCGGUCAUCACUGGAGUUAUUCUUUCCGCCAUCCACGUGGCCAUUUCUUGGAUGUUAAACGAAACGGACAGCUUUCUGUGGAAACAGAUAGUGUCCAACGUGCUGAUCUUUUCCUGCACCAACAUCGUGGGCGUGUGCACCCAUUACCCUGCUGAGGGUUCCCAGAGGCAAGCCUUUCAGGAGACCAGGGAAUGCAUCCAGGCUCGCCUCCACUCCCAGAGGGAAAAUCAGCAGCAGGAACGUCUGCUGCUCUCAGUGCUUCCUCGCCAUGUUGCCAUGGAGAUGAAAGCUGACAUAAACGCCAAGCAGGAAGACAUGAUGUUUCACAAGAUCUACAUCCAAAAGCACGACAACGUCAGCAUCUUAUUUGCGGACAUUGAGGGUUUCACCAGUCUGGCAUCGCAGUGCACAGCACAGGAGCUGGUGAUGACUCUCAAUGAACUGUUCGCCCGCUUUGACAAGUUGGCAGCGGAGAACCACUGUCUGCGGAUCAAGAUUUUGGGAGACUGCUACUACUGUGUGUCUGGUCUGCCAGAGGCGAGGGCCGACCACGCCCACUGCUGUGUGGAGAUGGGGCUGGACAUGAUAGAGGCUAUCUCGCUGGUACGGGAGGUGACUGGGGUAAACGUCAACAUGUGAGUGGCCAUCCACAGUGGCAGAGUGCACUGUGGGGUGCUGGGGCUCAGGAAGUGGCAGUUUGAUGUCUGGUCCAACGAUGUCACGCUAGCAAAUCAGAUGGAAGCUGGGGGCCAAGCAGGGCGCAUCCAUAUAACUAAAGCCACUCUGAAUUACCUGAAUGGGGACUAUGAUGUGGAACCGGGAACAGGAGGAGAAAGAAAUGCCUACCUGAAGAAGAACAACAUAGAAACCUACCUCAUUGUGGGCUGCAGUCAGAAAAGGAAAGAGGAAAAGGCCAUGAUUGCCAAAAUGAACCGGCAGAGGACCAACUCUGUCACCCACAACAGUGGACACUGGACCGACCGUCCCUUUUACAACCAUUUAGGUGGAAACCAGAUCUCCAAAGAUUUGAAGAGGAUGGGCUUUGAAGACCCCAAAGACAAGCAUUUUAUUUUCAGAAACACACAGGAAAACCUAAACCCAGAGGACGAGGUGGAUGAGUUUCUGGGCCGGGCCAUCGACGCGCGCAGCAUCGACCGUCUGCGCUCAGAACACGUCAAGAAAUUCCUGCUCACCUUCAGAGAGCCUGACCUGGAGAAAAAGUACUCCAAACAGGUGGACUCCAGGUUUGGGGCUUAUGUGGCCUGCGCCUCCCUCGUCUUUCUCUUCAUCUGCUUCAUCCAGAUUGUCAUCGUGCCACCCUCCAGACUGAUGAUCGGCUUCUUCAUCACCUGUCUCAUUAUCCUGACGGCUGUUAUGUUCGUCUCAGCUGUGUACUGCUGUUUUGGGAUCUUCCCAGUGCCUCUGCAGACACUCUCUAAGAGAAUAGUUCAGUCUAGACUAAACAGCACCUUGGUUGGUGUCUUCACCAUCAUCAUCGUCUUUCUUUCUGCUUUCGUCAACAUUUUCACGUGCAGCAACCAUGACCUGUGGAGUUGCAUCAAAGCACAGCACAACAUCAGCCUGGACAGUGUCAAUGCCUGCCAUGCUUACUUCCUCAACUACAGCCUGGACACACAACACAGCCCCUGUGGACAUGAUGGCCUCAUCUGCAGCUUUCCUGAGUACUUCUCGUCCUGCGUGCUGCUGAGCCUGCUGGCCUGUUCCGUCUUCCUGCAGGUCAGCAGCAUCGGUAAGCUCUUCCUCAUGCUCUUCAUCGAACUGCUUUACCUUCUCAUCAUGGAGGUGCCCAAAGUGAGCCUCUUUGACAACCAGGACCUGCUGGUCAUGGCCAAUGCCAUCAACAGCGCUGAGCCCAUGAAUGGAACAAGGUGAGACUGAUGGCGGGACCCAAAGCGGUCUCUGUCAUCUGUUUACGCUAACAGCAUCAUUAUCACUCCACUGGCACAAAUGGA